UAAAUAACCCACACUCCAAACCGCUGCCGGGCAGAGGGAUGACGAAACCAUGUUUACAGAAGUGGGGCAAGGGGCAGGCAAGAGGUCAGGGGAAGUGCUGCAGGGAGCAGGGCGCUGGCACAGUCUUCGCCGUCCAACCGGCUCCCUGCAGCAGCAUAGAACCUUGGUCGUCUUCUGUGAAAGUUGCCAGGGUGCUCGGCGCCGCCCGCUCCGGUGCCUACGACUCCCAGGAGGCUCCGCGCCACGCCCAGCGUGCUCCGCGUCUCCUCCCAGGCUCCGCUCCCGUCAGCUUCUGGCUACAAAUGGGCGCGCACCGCGCUCCUCAGCCAGUCAGCUGGUCUGCAGCGACGCAGCCUGCGCUGUCAGGGUCGUUCGCGGCGUAGUCUACGGAGGCCUGCAGGGGGCGGCGGCUGAGGCAGUUGCUCAGGGUCCAGAGGCGGGGCCGUGGGGUCCGGGCUCUGUGAGCUGGGCGGUCGUGACGAGGUCAUGGGGGACCGUGGUGGCGCGGGCGGCUCUCGGCGUCGCCGGGCUGGCUCACGGGUCUCUGUCCAGGGUGGUGGCGGGCCCUCGGUGGCCGAAGAGGAGGUGCGGGACUUGACCUCGGCCCCCGACGUGGGCGCUGGGGGUGAUGCGCCGGUUCCCACCCCGGCUGCGACCCCGGCUCAGACCCCGAACAAAGACGGACACGUGGACGUGGGCAGCGGCCACUGGGAGCUGAGAUGUCAUCGUCUGCAAGAUUCUUUGUUCAGCUCAGACAGUGGUUUCAGCAAUUACCGUGGCAUUCUGAAUUGGUGUGUCGUGAUGCUGAUCCUGAGUAAUACCAGGUUGUUUUUAGAGAACCUCAUCAAGUAUGGCAUCCUGGUGGACCCCAUCCAAGUGGUGUCUCUGUUCCUGAAGGACCCAUACAGCUGGCCUGCCCCAUGCCUGGUUAUUGCAUCCAACAUCUUUUCUGUGGCUGCAUUUCAGAUUGAAAAGCGCUUGGCAGUGGGUGCUAUCACAGAGCAGGUGGGACUGCUGCUGCAUGUGGCUAACCUGGCCACCAUCCUCUGCUUCCCAGCAGCUGUGGCCUUACUGGUUGAGUCCAUCACUCCAGUGGGCUCCGUGCUUGCUCUGGCAUCAUACUCCAUCAUCUUCCUCAAGCUCUUCUCCUACCGGCAUGUUAACCUAUGGUGCCGCCAGUGCAGGGUGAAGGCCAAGGCUGCCCCUGCAGGGAAGGUCAGUGGGGCUGCUGUCCAGCACACUGUCAGCUACCCAGACAACCUGACCUACCGAGAUCUCUACUACUUCAUUUUUGCCCCUACUCUGUGUUAUGAACUUAACUUUCCUCGCUCCCCCCGAAUACGAAAGCGCUUUCUACUUCGGCGCGUUCUUGAGAUGCUGUUCUUCACCCAGCUCCUGGUGGGGCUGAUCCAGCAGUGGAUGGUCCCUACCAUCCAGAACUCCAUGAAGCCCUUCAAGGAUAUGGACUAUUCACGCAUCAUUGAGCGGCUCCUGAAGCUGGCGGUCCCUAACCAUCUCAUCUGGCUUAUCUUCUUCUACUGGCUCUUCCAUUCCUGCCUGAAUGUUGUGGCCGAGCUCAUGCAGUUUGGAGACCGGGAGUUCUACAGGGACUGGUGGAAUGCUGAGUCUGUCAUCUACUUCUGGCAGAACUGGAAUAUCCCUGUGCACAAGUGGUGUAGCAGACAUUUCUACAAGCCUUUGCUCCGACGGGGCACCAACAGAUGGGUUGCUAGAACAGGGGUGUUCCUGGCCUCAGCCUUCUUCCAUGAGUACCUAGUGAGCAUUCCCCUGCGCAUGUUCCGCCUCUGGGCAUUCACAGCCAUGAUGGCUCAGAUCCCGCUGGCCUGGAUUGUGGGCCGCUUCUUCCAGGGGAACUAUGGCAAUGCAGCUGUGUGGAUGACACUCAUCAUCGGGCAGCCAGUGGCUGUGCUCAUGUAUGUUCACGACUACUACGUGCUCAACUACGAGGCCCCAACAGUGGGGGGGGCCUGAGCUGCCAAGGGUCAGCCCUUCCUAGCCUGGGCCUGGAGUGGUUCCUGGCUGCUUACACCCUCCUCCCUGGCCUGGGAGGCCUCUCUGCCCCUAUGGGGCUUAUUCCUGUUCUUGGGGAUGUCACCAGAAUCCAGCUGAUAUGAACCAGUGCUGGAGUCUGCACUGACCAGGGGUGGAGGGUAUCAAUAAAGUACUGUCUAUAGUGUAAUCUCCCUUAGCCUGCUGGAGGUAUGGGAGCUGAUGAGGAUAACCUCAACAAAAAUACGCUAUGUGGCAGCUGUAACUCUU